GUUUGUUAUGUGAAACUACAAAAACCUUAAAAAUUCCUUUGGUCCCGUUCUCUUCGAAUAUACAUGCUGAAAAAAUAAAUGCUGAGAAUAUGUUAUCGAUGGUAAGGAACAUGAGCAUCCUUUCAUAAUCGGUAAGAUAAGCUGUAUCGGAUGCUUGGCAUGUCUGAGUACACGAGACAUUUAUUGUUGAAAAGAAAAGGUCGCGUUUGUUAAAAAUCACGCAAAUCUCUCCAAGUAGGAUUUUGCGUCCUUCGAUAAAACAAGUGUAGUUUAGUCAAACUUCAUCCCUUCAGAUAGAAUUUUGCUUGACUUCAAAGGACAAUGAUUAAUUUAUAUUUUCGCGUCAGUAAGAUUUGAAAAAAGUACUUCGUUUGUUAUCACGCAUAAAUAAGGUCGAAAUCAUUUGCUCUUUUCGGUUUGUUGCCGAUAAGCCAACCGCUGCCUAUGAUAUUUUCGCUGAAAACUAAUUUUGUUGAACGCCAUGAGCGAGAGCGCACUCGAAACUACACAAAGUAUACUCAAACCGCGCUCUGAUGCUUGGGACACCAUUUGAAAAUAUGUGGCUCUCUAUGAGAAAAUACGUUAUUUUCUUUGAAUUUUUGUACUUUAUAGGAUUUCUCAUCUCAUUUUCACCUUCGGAUUUUGCAACAAAACAGUCAAUACAUAUUUGGUGGAGAAUUGAACGCGCUAUCUUUUAAUAAAAAGUUUUGCUCGAUUAAUUCUAAUGAAGAGGAGAAAAUUUCAAAAUACUAACACUAUAAUUAUUUAUGGCCCGCACCAUUUUUUUUUUCACCGAUUAUGAAACAAUGCUCAUGUUCCUUACCAUCGAUAACAUAUUCUCAGCAUUUAUUUUUUCAGCAUGUAUAUUCGAAGAGAACGGGACCAAAGGAAUUUUUAAGGUUUUUGUAGUUUCACAUAACAAACAAUGGAAAAAAUGAAAAUGAAAAAUAAGAAAACUUAAAGAACCAAAAAUAAUUAGUAUAUCAUUUUACAUAUAGAAUAAUAAAAAAUGUGAGUUGAUGUCCCUUAUUAUUUCCAUUUUUUGGCUAAAAUUCUAAUAUUUCAGCAAUGAUUCAGGAUACAGAUCUUCCAAAAACUCAUUAAAAUCUCUCUGAGUCAUAUUCGGACGGAAACUAGAGUUAGUGAAUCGCACGAAAGCAGAUCACUGAUUACAUCCAAUAGCUUCUAAUUGGUUUUCAUUUUUUCUACUAUUAUAUGUUAACACUGAUGAGUUUUCAUGUAGAUGUUGUUCAUUAAAAUAUUUUUAUUGCCGAUGAAUUGACUUGAUUAUGCAGAAAAGAAAAAAGGAAAGAACAUUUUGUUCACAAGCAGAAUUUCUAGCAGUACUUUAUCAUGUGUAAUGUAUUUAUGAGAGAACAUAUUAUAUUUUUAGACCAAAUUAAGAGAAAAAAGUUUCAAUAUCAAUUUUAUCGAAUACGUACUCACUUAGUUGUGAAAAAAGCUUUUUAAAACGUGUGAAUUUUUUCCUGUCUCUCGCAUUAUGCUUUUUUUAAAGUGCUGUUUGUACUGAAAUGUUGAUAUGAUUUUUUCCGAAAUUGUUUUGAUAUUUUAUUUUGUUAUCAUCAGUAUAUCGGGUACAAUUGGAAAUUGCACAAUUUUAUUUUCUUAUGUAAAUCUAUCUGUUUCAUCAACAUCGACGAUAUUUAUUAUUUUUCUUGCUGGCGUUGAUUUAUGGACAUGUGCAAUUGUUACGCCAUGUAUUGCCAUUAUGGAAUAUAAUGAUUUUGAUACAAACACAUUAUUAUGUCGUUUUUAUAUAUUUUCAAAAAUAAUUAUUAUCAUAUCAUCACUCAUCAUAACUGCAAUUGCAUUUGAUCGACUUUUUAUUAUAAUUAAUUAUACUCGUUGGACUCCACGUCUAGUUAAAACAAUAUUAAUAUUGAUUACGUUAGUUGCACUCAUUUUCGGCAGUAUAAUAACUCUAUCAUUUUCAUCUCAACCAUGGUCUGAAUCAAUCACUAUGGUAAAAACAAAUUUUAGUACAUAUUUCUUAAACCUAACUGAAAAUUAUUCUCGAUGUUAUGCUGAUACAACUGUAAUAUCAGAUGAUAUACGUGAAAUAUUGAAACAUAUAUCGAAUAAAUUAUUUUUUGUUUGUAUUGGACUUGUAGCAGUGUUAUAUACAAUAACGUACAUUUUGGCAUUAAGAAGGCAUACAACACGUUUAAAAGCAAUAAAAAAGUGUAUUAAUGUAUUAGAUCGUUACGAUAGAGGAUCAUUAUCAACAUCAUGUUCUCAACAAUUGUUACAUUCUGAAUUAUUAUUAUUGAAGGAACAGAACACAUCAAAUAAUAAACUACAACAGAAAAAAAAUGUUUCAUUUAAAAUCGACAAACAAUGUGCUAAAUCUACGACAGUUUCAUUAUUAGAUGCGGAUGAACUCUUUUCUAGUGUUAGAUCUUUUCAACAAGUACAUGUUACAUUUCCAUUGACUUCAAAUGCAAGAAAUAAAAACUUAAUAUCUAUAGAUAAUAAUCCACCAACAAGUCGAAAUAGUAAAGUUCUAAAACGUCAGUUACAUAAACAUCGUCUUAAACUCUUUCGUAUAACAUCAACAUUUUUAAUAAUAACAUUAUCGUUUAUUCUAUUUUAUCUACCAUCGGUAUUAAAUGCUGAACAAAUUAUUAGUUCACCAUUGUUGAUCUAUUAUUCAUAUUUGUGUACACACGCUAUCAAUCCUAUUAUUUAUUGUUUUAUGAACAAAACUUUAAGGGUUUAUGUAUUCUCAACAUUAAAAUGUAUAAAAUAA